UAAAAACUGUUUACAUAAAGGUAGUGUCAAGGUCAUUGAUACAUCAAGAGUCAAGGGAUGUUAUUUGGUGUCAAUCAACAUGAAUACACUAGUUACUGUAAAUCAGCUAAACACACAGGUUUUCCUCAAGCUUCAUCACGCAAAUCACUCAAAAUCAGUAUCACUUAACCCCUGCUGUUGUCCCACACUGUACUAUGCAGUGUAUUACAAUAUGAAUAGCACAUGCAGCGUUAGCACAUUGGCUUCUCUAUAUAUAUGACAGUAUUUAAGCCGCAGGAGAGGGCCCAACACCACACGACAGCCAGCAUGGGGAAGGUAAUAUUCUACGAGGAAAGGGACUUCCUGGGCCCCAGUGUUGAGUGCACGUCUGAGUGCAGGGACCUGUUGUGCCAACUGAACCACUGCAACUCCAUCAGGGUGGAGUGUGGCGCCUUCAUGAUCUACGAGAGUCUGGAGUUCGCGGGCACCCAGUACUUCCUCAGGAAGGGCGACUACCCCGAUUACCACAGCUGGAUGGGCUGCAAUGACUCCAUCCGCUCAUGCCGCCUCAUUCCCGCACAAGAGUCCGGGGCCUUCACCAUGCGUCUGUACGAGAGGAUAGAGUUCGGGGGUCAGGUCAUGGACCUGGCCGACGACUGUCCCAACGUUGUAGAGCGCUUCCACAAGAACGACAUCUUCUCUUGCAACGUGAAGGGCGGCCAUUGGCUCUUUUACGAGCAUCCCCACUACCGGGGGAAGAUGUACCUGAUACGGCCCGGCGUGUACAACCGCUUCAGCGAGUGGGGCGGCAGGACGGCCAGGGUGGGCUCCAUCAGACGCAUCAUGGACUAUUGACCGUCUCUGCAGUCUGCCGACUCCCGUACCAUAUAAAGAUAUUUUCCGUAACAAAACUGAUGAAAUGGUUAAUGAGUCAGAUUCCUGUUAAGUUUGCAAAAACAACUUCAUAUAUAUUUUUUAUUCACCGUAACCCUGACCUGUAAACUCUUUCAAUUUGCUUGAAUUAUCUCCUUCAAUAAAUUACCCCA